CCCGUGCAAAAUUUCCCAGAUCCAAAGCCCUGGUUAUCGAUUACGACCCGUUAUCAAUUUUUUUGAAAUGCCUUGAACACCUGCAGUAUACAACGCACAUUCGAUACAAUGCCGAAAACACCACGCAAAGGCAACUAUGGGGUCGCAAAGUCCGAUCCUUACGCAGGCGCUUCGGCGCGCAAGAGCAAAGCAGCGAGCGCCGCCAACAACAUCUUCAAGAUGAAUACAGACAUUGGUCAACAUAUUCUCAAAAACCCUGGUGUGGCCCAGGCGAUUGUGGACAAAGCAGACGUGAAGCAGUCGGACAUAGUCUUGGAGGUCGGCCCUGGUACCGGCAAUUUGACUGUGAGGAUCUUGGAGAAGGCCAAACGAGUCAUUGCUGUCGAGCAGGAUCCGCGUAUGGCUGCUGAACUCACGAAGCGAUUCCAAGGCACGCCUGCGGCGAAGCGUCUGGAGUUGAUCUUGGGAGACGUGAUCAAACUGCCCGAAUUGCCGUACUUUGACAUUUGCAUCUCGAACACGCCAUACCAGAUUUCCUCGCCUUUGACGUUCAAGCUGCUGGCGACCAUGCCCGCUCCUCGCACGUGCGUGCUGAUGUUUCAACGAGAAUUCGCGAUGCGCCUGUUCGCCAAACCGGGAGACAAGCUCUACAGUCGACUAUCGGUGAAUGCGCAGAUGUGGGCGAAAGUGGACCACGUGAUGAAGGUGGGCAAGAACAACUUCAAUCCUCCACCGCAGGUCGAAAGCAACGUCGUCAGGAUAUCCCCCAAGAACCCCAAACCGCAGAUCAGCUAUGACGAAUGGGACGGCUUGCUGCGGGUCUGCUUCGUCCGCAAGAACCGAGUCCUACGAAGUGCAUUCAUCGGCACGGUGAGCGUCAUGUCCAUGCUGGAAUCAAAUUACCGGACGUUCUGCGCGCAAAACAACAUUCCCUUAGAUGACGGCCCGAGUGAGGGCGGCGACGCCAUGGAGGUCGAAGGCGGAGAAGAUCAGGAUGAGGAUGAAGACCUGGCCGGCGUCAUGGAGGUGGACGAUGACGAGGACGUCCCGGAAUUCUUCAAGGAAGAGGCGGAUAGGCAGGCAAAGAAAAUGCAGGACAACCCGAACCGAAAGAGGAAGGGCAAGGUCGCAGAACUGGUCCGAGCCAAAGUCAAGAAGGUGCUGGAGGUCGACACGGAACUGGCGGAGAAGCGUGCCAGAUUAUGCGACGAAGGCGAUUUCUUGAAGCUGUUGUAUGCGUUCAACCAGGAGGGAAUCCAUUUCGCGUAGAGCCGAGGGUGGCGACAAGGCAAUGUUUACGACGAAAAGCAAGGCGUUCAAGGUGUUUUUGCGGAUACCCGGAGACAGCAUGAAAGGUACUGUCUAAUUUAAAGAUUCAUAAGAAACGCAUAUUCAGUGUUUAUGAGCAGCAGCGAUUCUCUUCGCUUUUGUCGAGAUCUUUAUGAGGUCGUGCUGGUCCGACGGAGUACGUGAUGCGAGUCUUGUGAUGGGGGGGGGCAUGAUUUACUGUACGAGUUUCAAGGGUCGUAGUUGAUGGAUGGACAUGGUUCCGAACUUCUCGUCCAGCAACAUGGUUAUCAGACGGUCGAGCCAAUACCUCCUUGGCGUUUGCAUAAGUAAUAAGACAUUGACCUCGAUUGCAGUCA